ACCCACUCGAUGUUGAAAGUUAAGUGCCGAGAAAGUUAGGUGCAGACAAAACCACGUUUUCCCUUAUAAAAAUCAUAUGAAAAUCUUCCAAACUGCUGAAAUUAUUCAUGGCUGCACAAAUGAAAAUCUGUGUUUGUGAAGAAGCAGAAGCCGGCGCCCUCCACCCCAAAUUCAUCAGAGAUGAAGAAGAGAGGCCUAAGGUGGCCUACGACCAAUUCAGCGACGAUAUACCGGUGAUAUCUUUCGCCGGAAUUGAGGAGAGCGGGGAGAAGAGGGCGGAGGCGUGGCGGAGGAUCGUGGCGGCGAGUGAGGAUUGGGGUAUUUUUCAGCUGGUUGAUCAUGCUGUGGAUUUCACGCUGCUUCAAAGGAUGAGUAGCUUAGCUCGAGACUUCUUUGCAUUGCCAUCCCAAGAGAAGCUGAGGUUCGAUAUGUCUGGUGGAAAGAAAGGUGGCUUCAUCGUCUCUAGCCACCUUCAGGGAGAAGUUGUACAAGACUGGCGCGAGAUAGUAACUUAUUUUUCGUAUCCGGUGGCGGCACGGGACUACUCGAGGUGGCCGGACAAGCCGGAGGGGUGGCGGGCGGCGACGGAGGAGUAUAGCCGGCAGGUGAUGGAAUUGGGGUGCAAAUUGCUGGAGAUUUUAUCAGAAGCAAUGGAUCUUGAAAAGGAUGCACUCUCGAAAGCAUGCGUUAAUAUGGAUCAGAAAAUAGUGGUGAAUUUCUAUCCGAAAUGCCCCCAGCCGGAUCUCACUUUGGGUUUGAAGCGGCAUACGGAUCCGGGUUUGAUAACUCUUCUGCUCCAAGAUCAAGUGGGCGGGCUGCAGGCGACCCGGGAUGACGGCAACACAUGGAUCACGAUUCGACCCAUCCAGGGGGCUUUUGUGGUCAAUCUUGGUGACUAUGCUCAUUAUGUAAGCAAUGGGAGGUUGAAGAAUGCAGAUCAUCGAGCUGUAGUAAACUCAAAAUGCAGCAGAUUAUCGAUAGCGACGUUCCAGAACCCAGCCCCUGAUGCUCAAGUUUACCCGCUGAAGAUGGGGGAAGGCGAGGAAUCAAUAAUGAAGGAGAGCAUCACGUUUUCGGAGAUGUAUAAGAGGAAGAUGAGCAACGAUCUUGAGCUCGCCCGCCUCAAGAACCUCGCCAACCAAAACAACCCUUUUCCAAAUUAAGCUUCAUCUUCAAUACAUGCUUGCUUCAUUAAAUUCCUCAUCAGGAAAAACCAAAGGAUUCUAUAUAUAUAUAAGAUGAUGAUGAUGAUGAUGAUGUGUUGCACCCAUAUACGAAUUUCAUUCCCCAAUUCAGAAUAAAAUAAGCUUGUAACUUUGAAUUUUAUAUUUAUUUAAUUUAAUUUGUGUUUUGAUUUCGUUUUCUA